AAAAUAAAUAUAAUAAAUAGCAUUAAAUGACACGAAUUGCUCAUUUGUUGAUCACAUUUUUGUUGUUGACGACUCCACCUAAUGAAUUGAAACAACAAAAAAUACAUGACUCCAUAUAAUCAAGAGCUUCCUUAAAAAGAAAGCUCGUGUUAUUUGCAACUUGCAUCUUUUACCUCCAAAAUAGUAAAUUUGAAAAUUGCGCUUUCCACUUUUCAUCCUCGCAACUUGCAACCUCUCUCUCUCCUCUGUUUCUCUCUCAACAUAUUCAUGGGCAUCCAUCCAUCAAAACUGCCGUCAACAUCAUCAUUCACCACUGCCAUAACCCCCACAUUAUCGUCUAUAUAAACUCACUCCACUUUCUCCACAUCCACACCACCCCAAAUCCAUUUCCAUUCAAGUAAUCAGCCAUGAAAACAUCCCUCGCCAUUCUCUUCCUACUGUUGGCUGCGGUCGGAGCGCGGGAGCCAUUCGCCUGCGAUCCGAGCGACGCCGCGACCAAAACGCUGCCGUUCUGCCGCGCGGAUUUGCGCACGGAGGAGAGAGUCAGGGAUUUGAUCGGGAGGCUGACGCUGCAGGAGAAGGUGAAGCUGCUGGGGAACAAUGCCGCCGCCGUGCCGCGGAUGGGGAUCAAGGGGUACGAGUGGUGGUCGGAGGCGCUCCACGGCGUGUCCAACGUCGGUCCGGGGACGAGAUUCGGCGGCGACUUCCCCGGCGCCACCAGUUUCCCGCAGGUCAUCAACUCCGCCGCCUCUUUCAAUGCGUCGCUGUGGGAAGAGAUCGGGAAAGUUGUGUCAGACGAGGCCCGAGCGAUGUACAACGGCGGGGCGGCGGGCUUGACGUACUGGAGCCCGAACGUGAACAUAUUGCGGGACCCGAGGUGGGGGCGGGGGCAGGAGACUCCCGGUGAGGACCCGCUCGUCGCCGGUGAAUACGCGGCGAGGUAUGUGAGGGGUUUGCAGGGGACGGAGGGCGGCGACCGGCUGAAGGUGGCGGCGUGCUGCAAGCAUUACACGGCCUACGAUCUGGAUAACUGGAGCGGGGUCGAUAGGUUCCAUUUUAAUGCUAAGGUAAGCAAACAGGACAUGGUGGACACAUUUGAUAUUCCUUUCAGAAGUUGUGUGAAGCAAGGCAAUGUUGCAAGCGUGAUGUGUUCUUACAAUCAAGUUAAUGGCAUUCCGACCUGUGCUGACCCGAAACUUCUCCGAGGAACGGUACGAGGUGCUUGGCGUCUCAACGGGUACAUUGUCUCGGAUUGUGACUCUGUCGGCGUAUUCUAUGAUAAUCAGCAUUACACAUCAACUCCAGAGGAAGCUGCUGCUGAUGCAAUAAAAGCAGGUUUGGAUUUGGAUUGUGGGCCUUUCUUGGGAGUUCACACAGAGAAUGCAGUUCAAAAGGGGCUGCUUAAAGAAGCAGAAGUCGAUCUUGCACUGUUCAAUACUAUCACAGUUCAAAUGAGGCUAGGAAUGUUUGAUGGAGAACCAUCAUCUCAUUCAUACGGCAACCUUGGCCCAAAAGACGUCUGCACCCCUCCCCACCAAGAACUAGCACUUGAAGCUGCUAGGCAAGGCAUAGUUCUGCUCAAAAACCAAGGACCCGUGCUGCCUCUCUCUCUGCGGAAGCACCACCCCAUUGCUGUCAUUGGGCCUAAUUCUGAUGUUACUCUCACUAUGAUAGGCAAUUAUGCUGGUGUGGCGUGUGGAUACACGACUCCAUUACAAGGUAUAAGGAAGUAUGCUAGGGCAAUUCAUCAGCCCGGUUGUGCAGACGUCGCCUGUGCCAGCGACGCGUUGUUUGGUGGAGCUAUUGAGGCUGCCCGGAUAGCAGAUGCAACUAUCAUGGUGAUGGGGUUGGACCAGUCUGUUGAGGCAGAGUUCAAAGACCGGACAGGGCUCCUGCUGCCCGGGCACCAACGAGAGCUCAUCUCUAAGGUUGCUGCAGCCUCAAAGGGCCCAACCAUUCUUGUGUUGAUGACUGGUGGUCCAGUUGAUGUUUCCUUCGCCAAGCAUGAUCCGAAAAUCGAAGCCAUUGUGUGGGCAGGCUAUCCCGGCCAAGCUGGUGGUGCUGCCAUUGCUGAUAUUCUAUUUGGAGCUCAUAAUCCAGGUGGGAAGCUUCCAAUGACAUGGUAUCCUCAAGAAUACCUCAACAACUUGCCUAUGACAGCAAUGGACAUGAGGCCAAAUCCUUCAAGAAACUACCCUGGAAGGACUUACAGAUUCUACAAAGGACCGGUUGUGUAUCCGUUUGGUCACGGGCUCACGUACUCCAGCUUCGUGCACACGAUAGCUGACGCGCCUAAGAUGGUCUCCGUCCCAGUAGACGGACGCCACCACUCAAACACCACGGCCGUGACAUGCCAAUUGGUCAGGGUGAACCAUGCCAGGUGCAGCAGGCUGUCGCUUAGCUUCAGUGUCGAUGUGAGGAACGUUGGGUCGAGGGACGGAUCCCACACGCUGCUCGUGUUCUCCAGCCCGCCUGGGGGCCGUUGGGCGCCCCACAAGCAGCUCAUUGCGUUCGAGAAGGUGAGGGUGAGUGCAGGUGGGCAGCAGAGAGUCCCCAUCAGGAUUCAUGUUUGCAAGCAUCUGAGUGUGGUGGAUGCAGCCGGGAUUCGGAGGAUUCCGAUGGGAGACCACGCGCUGAGCAUCGGAGAUUUGAGGCAUUCUGUUUCACUUCAGGCGGAGCCACUUGGUGUGAUCAAAUCAUAGAGGUUGAAAAACUCAUCAGCUGCUGUUCUUGCUUCAUGGCUCAUUUAGUGUUAGGCGUAUUCAUUCAACUAGUGUUUGAAAUUGGGUUAUUAUAAGGAAUCUCGAAGAGAUUCCAAAACAAAGAAGGAUUAGGAUUGAUGAUUCUUAUUAUUAUGUGGGGGAAAAUGAACAAGACUCUGAUUAUUUUGGCCCAGAUUUUUGUUGGGAUUGUAUUUCAAGAACAGGUUAUGAUCAACCUAAUGGAAUGAAGGCCUUGGGAAAAUCAUUUAAGUUUAA